AUGUUUGGCACCAAGGAAUCAUCCAACAUAAGCGGUUAUCAUGAUAAAAACCCCAUUUACAUAGAUGAGGAGAUUCUGCAGGAGGCCGUACUAGAGCAAAGUCUUACAGAUGAAGCUGAACGCAUUGCCAAGACCGAAGGAAUCCUUUUUAACGAGGCCCGCCGAUUAAGUCUGGAGUACAGUAACAUCCAGAAGAUUGACCACUUGUGGCAAUUUUCUGCAUUGACCAAGUUAAAUAUGAACAACAACUUCAUCAAGAAGAUAGAAGGACUGGAUCAUCUCGUUCACCUGACAUGGCUCAAUCUGUCAUUCAACAACAUCAAGAAAAUCGAGGGUUUGAACUGUCUUCAGAAGCUGGAAGUGUUGAAUUUGUCCAACAACAGAAUUUCUCGCCUCGAAAACAUGGACAACCUUAUGGAACUCACCAUUUUCUGCAUCGCAAACAACAAAAUCAAUCAACUGAACAAUGUGGUCUAUUUGCGCAAGUUCAAGAAACUCUUCACCCUUAAUAUAGAUGGAAAUCCGAUUCCUGAGGAGAACAAUGAAGAAAAAUACACCCUUUUCCUCGCCGCCUAUUUUCAACAACUGAAGUUCCUGAACAACAUAUUUGUCAAUGAAGAUAUAAGAAAUCGAGCUUCGGCAAAGUACAACCUGGACAUUGAGGAAAUGAAUCAAGGCGAGCUUCAGGCGCAACAAGCUGCGGAAGAAAAGCAAAGACGGGAAGCUGUACUACAAAUGCAUGAUGAUGCCUUUGUGGAGCAGUUGAAUGGAGACUAUUUGUAUAAUAACAUACUCCAAAAUGAUACAGAGUUAAGCAAACUACGCUAUUUACCAGGAGUGGAUGAGUUACUUGAAGAGUUCGAGAAAAAGCUAGUGGAAAUGUGCAAUCAGCUUUUUGACGUCGGCUUGGUUGAGUUUAAGCGAAGAGAUGCUGAGGUGAAGUUAUUCUUCAGUCGACUCAGUACAGAUGUGGGCGAUAGCCAGGCCAGAGGAUCCAAAGUACUGGCUGAUUUUCAGCUGGAGCACAAGAAGAGAAUAGUGGAUUUACAAGAGGCCCUAGAGGAUGAAAAGAAGACCAAGAUGGACAUCUGCCUCAGAGAAAUCGACAUUUUGUGCUACAAGUUAAUGGAAGUGGAGUUUCAACUAUACAGCUACCUGGAGGAAACAAUCAAAAAGUUUGACAACAACAUAACAGAGAUGACGGGCAGCUUUAGCGAAACAGCUCAAGGAAUAUUCGUCCACUGUCGAGAGCUGGAGGACAGCCAUCAUCAGAAAGUUACGAAAAUCGCUGUCACUACAUUGGAAGUGGUGGCUAAGGGCGAAGCUGAAGAUGAUUUGCCAGAUGAUGUUAGAAUGCUGUUCCUAGACAAAAACACAGUUAUGGACACACUGGCUGCCAGUCACGAUAACCAUCUACAAACAAUCAAUGACAGGGAAACUCAGAUGGUUACCCGCAUCGAAGCCUGGAAAUUGGCCCUUAUUAAAGGGAUUGAAGAUACAGAACUUAAGAGGAACCGAAUGCGAAUCGCAGAUAUUCACAGAUAUGCAGACUAUUUGAGGAAGCAGCUCAAUGAGUUGAUGCAGGAAGGCAUUUGA